AUGGCUAAUCGCGUCGCUCUCCCACGCCAGAAGGCAGCUAAGCAAGCUUCCCCAAAGGCUCCGAAGUCACCAAAGUCUCCAGCAGCUAGAGCUGGAAAGGCAGCAAAAGCCGAAAAGACUGCUGUUGCAAGCAAGAUCCCGAAGGUUCAGAAGAUCAAGGCUGUCGCCGAUCAUCCAGCUUACUUGGUCAUGGUUACCGCCGCAAUCAACGACUUGAAGGAGAGAAAGGGUGCUUCUAAACAAGCGAUCUUGAAGCACAUCUCCAACAGCUUCCAUCUCGUCAACGCUGUUAACACCGAGAAAAAAGUUCGCAGCAAGCUCGCUCUUGCCCUCAAGAAAGGAGUGGCUUCUGGAGCUCUUCUCCAAGUCACGGGAACCGGAGCGAGCGGAAGAUUCAAGCUCGCCAAGGCUGGAGCGACUCCAAAAGCUCCAUCAACACCAAAGGCUGCAAAGAAGACGUCUGUUGUUGCUCCAUCUCCAAGCGAGAAGAAGGCCAAAUCGCCAAAGAAGGCUGCCGUCAAGCCAGCUGCUAAGAAAAACAAGAAGGCGCCAGUCACCAAGAAGACAUCCGCCAAAGCCGAGGUGGCUGUCUAG